ACCUGAUCUUGAUCUUUGAAACUUGAACCGGAUGUACUUUUAUCAUUAAAGCGAAAUAAUUUUUCCUUUUAUUCACUUAAUUCGUCCCCUGUUUUUCUUUGUGUUGACUUGUAUCAUCACCAAUAUCUGUCUACAUUCAUUUUAUCGCUAAAUAAAAAACUGCCAUCGUUAGCAAACGUAGCUAAGACACUUUUUCAUUGGUUGGCAAUGCGGAAGUUAUUCGAAUAAUUUCAGGGGGCGCGAAACCAAAGAGCAGAUCAUUGUUGUUGUCGUUUUUCUCCCGAGCUUACAUGUCCGCUUAAACUUUUAAUAACCCCGUUAUUUUUGGGGGCUUUUGUAAGUUUUUAUUCGCCAUGUGUGAGAAGAUAAAUCAGGUGAACAGCUGGCUCGGCUCGGUGUUCGGGGAUCAGCCGGUGCCGCAGUUCGAGGUCAACACCCGGACGGUGGACGUCCUGUACCAGCUGGCCCGGUCCAGCGAGGCCCGGUGCAGCGACACGGCCCUGCUCACGGAGGACGUCAGACAGAAAGCGUCCGAGUAUCAGGCCGACGGUGCACAUCUCCAGGACGUUCUCCUGCAGGGUGUCGGCCUGUCCUGUGCGAGCCUGUCGAAGCCCGCCGCCGACUACCUGACGGCUUUGGUGGACAACGCCAUGGUGCUCGGAGUGAGAGACACGUCACUGGGCAGCUUCAUGCCAGCAAUGAACAACCUCACCAACGAGCUUCUGGAGGCAGAGAAGUCGAACAGACGACUGGAGAGGGAACUCAAGGCCCUCAGGAAGAGACUCGGAGCGACGCUGGUGCUGCGGAGCACUUUGCAAGAGGAUAUCAACAGAACGGUGAAAGCUCAGGCGGCGGAGGGCGCUAAAGCGGAGGAGCGACUGCUCAACAUGGAUUUUGUGACGGCAAAGGCUAAAGAGCUCAGCAACAGACGGGAGAGGGCAGAGGCUCAGCUUGUCUCCAGGAACAUGGACAAGUCCGUCACCCACCAGGCCGUCGUGCAACUCUCUGAGGAAGUCACCACACUGAGACAAGAAAUAAUCCCCUUGAAAAAGAAACUGGAGCCGUACAUGGACCUGAGCCCGAGUCCGUCUCUGGCUCAAGUGAAAAUAGAAGAAGCAAAGAGAGAACUGGCUGCACUCGAUUCCCAAUUUGAGAUGAAGGUGGAUUUCAAGUGAAGAUGGUUUGUGAUGUUGAAAUCUGUUCUUUUUCGAUCCGUGCCUUUUCUGUGUUUUGAAAAAUAAUAAAAUGUAAUCGCUGCCGUUA